GAGGUCCCUUCCAACCCUAAUCUUCUAUGAUUCUUCUAAGAAGGGAGGGGGAGUGAAUGACUCCAGGCUUGGCGGCCCGUUGGCCACAGCUUGCCUGUGUGCUCACUCAUGUUGGGCGCACAGUUGCAUGCAUGCUAAAGCCCCACAUCCAGACAUGAUAAACCACUCUGAGGUGGGCCAAGCAAUGACAUAGGCUAGGGCAGCUGAGGCACCACAUGCUGAUGCCAGAUACUUAAUUUGGGUGGGAGAGGACCAGUGUCUGGAGUGGGCGGCUAAAGGGAAGUCCCAGGGCUCCUACAGUCUGGCCUGUGGGACAAGCAGCCUGGACAAUGGGCCAUCAUCUUGGUCUGUCUGGGUCAGAGAGCGAAGAUGGAAUGCCUUAUGGGUUGGGACCUGUCAUCUCCAUGCCCUGCGCCUUCGCGUUUGAUAGGCCCCAGCCUGCAACGUGCCACUUUGCACAGUUCCCAGGAGCUGCAGGAGAGACGUGCGCUAAUUAGAGCAUGCUGCUGACAUAGCCUCUAGAAUGUGUUUUUGAAAAGAGGGAGUUCCUCUAUCUUUGUUUUUUAAGCAGCCACUCUUUCCUAUGCUGGGGCUCCCUUCCCUCCCAUCUGCAUCUUCCUCGGACAAGUGGAUUUAGGCAAAAACACACCCAGGAGUAUGGAAAGAUCUUCAAGUCUCACUUUGGUCCACAGUUUGUAGUGUCUAUUGCAGAUCGAGACAUGGUUGCCCAGGUGCUCCGGGCGGAAGGUAGAACUCCACAAAGAGCUAACAUGGAAUCCUGGCAAGAGUACAGGGAUUUAAGAGGGAGAGCUACAGGACUUAUUUCUGCGGAAGGGGAACAAUGGCUAAAAAUGAGGAGUGUACUAAGACAGAAGGUCCUGAAACCCAAGGAUGUGGCUGUUUUCUCUGAAGGAGUCAAUGAAGUCAUCACAGAUUUAAUUAAGAGAAUCCACACACUCAGGAGUGAAGAGGAAGAUGGGGAAACAGUGACCAAUGUUAACAACCUUUUCUUCAAGUAUUCCAUGGAAGGUGUGGCAACUAUUCUGUAUGAAUCCCGAUUGGGCUGCCUGGAAAACAACAUCCCAGAGAAGACUGUGGAAUACAUUGAGGCUCUGGAGUUGAUGUUUAGCAUGUUUAAGACAACUAUGUAUGCAGGGGCAAUUCCCAAAUGGCUUCGUCCAUUUAUUCCAAAACCCUGGAGAGAGUUCUGCAGAUCCUGGGAUGGACUCUUCAAAUUUAGUCAAAUCCACGUUGACAACAAGAUAAAGGAUAUUCAGUCCCAGUUGGACCAAGGAGAAGAAGUAAAAGGUGGGCUACUCACUUAUCUCCUACUGAGUAAAGAGCUUACGGUGGAAGAGAUCUAUGCCAAUAUGACUGAAAUGCUUCUGGCAGGAGUGGACACAACUUCUUUCACUUUGUCCUGGGCAACAUACUUGUUGGCAAAGCAUCCUGAAGUUCAGCAAUCUGUGUAUGAAGAGAUAGUCAAUAAUCUGGGAAAAGAUCAAGUUCCCACUUCAGAUGAUGUCCCCAAAUUGCCAAUGAUUAGAGGCCUGCUCAAAGAAACCCUGAGGUUAUUCCCAGUAUUGCCAGGAAAUGGUAGAGUGACACAAGAAGACUUGGUUGUUGGAGGAUACUUGAUACCUAAAGGGACCCAGUUAGCACUCUGUCAUUAUGCUACAUCGUAUGAGGAAGAGAAUUUCCCAAUGGCAAAUGAUUUCCGACCUGAGCGCUGGCUGAGGAAAGACAACAUGGACAGAGUGGACAACUUUGGUUCCAUCCCAUUUGGUUAUGGCAUUCGCAGUUGUAUAGGAAAAAGAAUUGCAGAACUGGAAAUUCACCUUGCACUGAUUCAGCUGCUUCAAAAUUUUGAGAUCAAAAUUUCUCCCAAAACUAAACCAGUCAGGGCCAAAACCCAUGGACUUUUGACUCCUGGAGACUCCAUCAAUGUGAAAUUUGCUGACAGGAAGUGAGAUGCAAAUGUUUAGGAAAUUUUAGCGUACUCUUCUUGGAAAUUGACUUGCAUCUGAUUGAAAUAUGAUGAUCGUUCUCUUGUCCAUUGGCUUGUGGGCAUUCUUCAAAAUGAUUAAGUCUUAGAUGCAGACCUACUUCUAGAAAUAUGCAAGAGAUUUUAUCCCGCUCAUAGAAGAAAAUUCCACAAGUUCACAUGGAACUGUGUGGAAAUAUAAACUUAAAUACUUCCUUUUUGCACUGGGAGUUACCUUUUCCCUGGAGUAAGUUUUGGAUGAUAGCAAUAGAUUCACUGAAACAACAAUAUCAAGUUUAGACGUAGCAUAUUGUCUUGUGCUUUUGUUAGAUUGCUAAGUCAUGAAAGACGAGCGUUCCUGUGUGUCUGUGUGGUGAUAUAUACUGUUCCCGAACCUGUAUAUAGAUAUGUUGAUUGACAUUUUCUGUUUGUUGUCUUCAAUGCCUUUUUUGAAUUCUCCCUUUUUAGUUAGUUUUAAAAAGCAUUUACCUGAUAUGCAUCCAAAUAAAAUUAAUGCAAUUGUUUGAAACAUAAAGAUAUUGUAAAAAUAUGUGGAAGAUGCUGCUGGUUUGUUUAGACUUAACAAUUAGGAUCUGUUUUUAAAAAUGUUUUUAUAAAACAUAAAGUGAGUAGAAAUAAUAAUUGCCCUAUUCUGUUCAUUACCUUUGAAGCAUUUCAUGGGCCACAGUUGGAAGACAGGAGACUGAGCUAGAUGGACAAUUGGUCUGACCUAGUAUGGCUGUUCUUAUGUAAAUGUGUCUGUAAAAUUAAAAGCAUUUGUAAAAAAAAAACAAAAAAAAAACCCUUUUAAAAACAUAUUUAAACACCAUGUUGCAGAGUUAUGAACCCAAACAGUGUUAUGUUACCACAUGAAAAACAGAAAGUGAAAUCAGAUUUUCACUGUUCCAUUUGAGUAACAUGCAAAUAGUAAAUAAACAAGAAAAAUGAUGGAAAUACAUUAGUUUACAUAUUUCCAUUUCCUAUGACCUAAAAUAUUCCUAGUAACAGAGAUGUUUUAAAAAAUGGCAACAAAAACACACACAUUUAACUUUUAUCCUGAUAGUCUCUUUUUAAAAGUAAGAACUGGAAAAUCUCAUUGUAAUGUAGUGCCUGCCCUCUGUAGGAUGGAUAUGUGACUGCUACAAGGUUUAUUGGUUUUAGAUUAAUUGACUAUCUAGUGGC